CUCGACUUCCCUCUCUUUCUGGCCAACUCUUGCUUGCAUCAUGUCUCCCAGACAAGCCAUGAUUCAUUCCAAGUGCCCUACAUUUCAUUUUUCAGGCUGCUAAUCAAGAUUAAGCUCCAAUUUCUGAGCAGAAGCUCCCGUGUCGCUUCAAGCGACGCCAUCCGUGCUGUGCUCCUGAGCGAACGGCACGGCACACAAUGGACGGCGAGAUCCAACCCGAUCCUGAUCAUGAAAAUCCUCAUCAGGACAAUCGCGACCGUCGAGACCGUCGAGACCAUCGCGAUAGUUCCCGUGACGGUCGUGCUUCCGGGAAUCGUCAGCCGAUCAUCCCUAGGGAGGACGUCGCAGAAAUCGAAACCGGUUCGGACAACGCGGAUCGUCGCGUGUUGGCCGAGCUCGCGACGGCGCUAUCCCUCGCCGAACGCAUUCUUCAGAUCGCCGCCACCGCGUCACAGACUCGCGUCCACCGGCUGCUAACGGAUCGCAUUGCAACGCGUACGCAGCAGCUGCUUCCCGUGCUUCGCCGCCUGCAGGCUUCGUCCAUGAGCCUCAUCCAUGACCCCCGAGCCUCCUUCGUCUUCGAGCGUCUGGUUACAGAGUUACAGGAGGCGAAGCUCCUCUUGGAGACCUGCACCAAAGUGUCCGUGCUUGGGAUUAUGUUCCGCUUUAAGCGCCGGGCGGAAAUCGCGGAGCGGUUGGAAUCGUGUUUAGCGGAGAUUCGCCAGUGCCAUACGGAAUGCCUCAUUCUGAUUGGCCAGGACAACUUCCACGGCCGCGGGGUCUACACGCCGGGCAGCGUAAUAGGCGGCGUCAACAGCGGUGCCGGAGGCAUCGGCGGAGGGACUGGCGGAGGCAUCGGCGGGGGCUUGGGCGGGGAUCCAGCGGAGCGUUUUGGCUCUGAUUACGGUUCCGCGGGUGGAGGAGGCUUACAGCGUGGGUUUUCAACGGAGGUGAUUCUCCCUUCCAGCCCCAUGGUCGACCGCUCCCCGCGCGCCUGGAACGGCGGCGGGCAAUCCGGGUCGCACAAUUCCCGGCUCGGCGCGCUCCCGCGGUCAGGAAGCGACGGCGUGCAGGAGCAGGGGUCGCACGGCGCGCGCGGACUGCACGGGAUUCACGGGGUUUAUGGUAAUUACGGGGAGCGCCACCCGCAGCAGGAGCGGCAGCGGCGGCUUGCGCCGGACCUGCACCGGCCCAGCACGGCGGGGGAGGCGGCGGUGAUGCCUCGCUCCUUCUCCUCCACCGACGCUGCUGACGUGGCGGCGGCGCGCGGCACUCCCGGGGAGUUUUCGAUGGACAUUCCGAACGGGGAGGGGAUGGGCGCAGACGCUAACGGAGGGAUGGUGCCCUCAGGUUACACGUCAUCCCACGUCAGACAUGCGUCGGAAUACCCGCGCCCCCCUCCCAGCGUGAGCAGCAUCUCGUCGGAAUGCGACCACGCGCGCGUGCUGGUCUCCGCGCUCACCGACGGAUCCACCGCCGAGAAGCGGGCCGCACUAGCCGCGCUCCUAGAGCUGGCGGAGACGGACGAAGGGAAGCUUAGCGUCGCCGCGGCCGGCGCAGUGCCCGUGCUGUCUGUGAUCCUCGCCCUUCCGGAUAGCCUGGGGGAGCCCACGAAGCUAGCCGCCGCCCGCGUGCUGCUGCGCCUCGCGUGCCUAGACGAGAACCGAGUCGUGAUCGCUAAAGCGGGGUGCGUGCCCUCGUUUGUGUCACUCCUGCGCUCCGGGAGCCCCGAAGCCAGGGCGGUCGCGGCGCGGGUGCUGUGGAAUCUAGCGGUCAACACGGAGAAUAAGGUCAUAAUCGCCGCGUCAGAAGCCGUCCCGUCAUUAGUCGCUAUCAUCCAAUCGGAGUCGGAGCCUGUAGCGAAGCAGGAAGCGGCCGAAGCGCUAGCACAGCUCACAGCCAAUAACAUGAAGAACCAGGCGGCUGUAGCUGAGGCAGGCGGCAUCCCGGCCCUCGUGACUAUGCUGAAGGAAGGCUCCCCUCGGGAGCAGGAGAAAGCAGCGCUCGCUUUAGGCACGCUCGCCGUGAAUAACGACGAGAACAAGCUGACUGUAGCGGGAGCGGGCGCGUCCCCGCUGCUCCUAGACCUUCUCUGCCAGAGCGACAAUCCCGAGGCUUCGAAAAACGCCGCCUGGGCGCUCUACGUGCUGUCCUCCAAUAAGAUCUCCGCGUCUUACAUCCUCGCUAGUGGCGGACUCACUGCAGUGAAACGAGUGCACAAUACAGGCCCGCCAGAGUCGCUGUACUGGGCUGCGCAUAUCUUGUCCCUGCUGGACCCGUCGUCUGGUCCCCCUGAGAAGCACCCGGCGCACCGGCUGUCGAAUGCGGGGCUGUUGAAGGGGGGGAGGGACGAGGAGGAUGCUAUGAGCCAGCGAAUGGAGGAGAGGCGGGCCACGCGGGAGAGGAUUGUCCAGGGCUGGUGACACCGCAGGGGUGGGGAGAAAUCCGGGCUGGUGAGACAGCAGGGCGGAGCUGCGGGGGUGUUGCGAUGGUGGGGGUGGUGAAACAACAGCUGUGAGAGUGGUGAGAUAGCAGGGAUGGUGAGAUAGUGGGAUGGUUAGACAGCAGGGUGGCAUGACGGGUGGUGAAGUUAGUGUGGUUGGGGCAGUCAAAGUGGUGAGGGAGUGAGACGAGUGAGCAAGCUGGGGUUGGGAGAUACAGCGGGGAUGGUGAAACGGACAGGCAGCUCACUUAGGGUGGCUGGGAAAGGGGAUGCGAGGCAGCAGACUCGUUUCCAGAAGGAUGGUUGUUCACAGCAGCCUUCCUUGUGGUUGCCGAGUACACUGCCAGCAGGGUGAGGCAGGAGUGGUGCAGUCAGGCCAGGGGGUGUGGGAGGAGGGCGUAUAGUGUGUGAAGUGUGCGUGCUGUCAGGCAAGGCUGAACACAGCAAGUGCUCCUUGGGGGUCUGUUUCAAGUUUCAACCACUUGAUUGGGGUGCUGAUGAGCCUUGUUACCGUUACCGGUAUUGGUGGGACUGGCAGUUUAAGGUGACGCGCUUCUACUACCGGUAUGUGAUACCAAAUGGAGCAGCAGGUUCCAGGAGCUUGGUUCUGGAGGUGCAAUGCCAGCUUGGUUGGAAGGGGGGAGGGCUCCUGUGGGUUGUGGCAAUGUGGUGUUUUGGAGACCCCUGUUGCAGGAAAACCAGAGGGACUUGUCUCAUUCUAUGAUUGGAUUAGGAUUUUUUAUUUAUUUAUCCCUGUUCCGGUAGGAUUAGACAGCUUCAGUAGCCUUUUAUAUGAAGACACUUCAUUAGGUUUGAGUGCAACCUGUUGUGCA